AUGAUGAUGGCACAACCGUUUCCCGCCCCUCAAGGCAUCCCGCAGCAUCACGCUUUGCCGCCAGGUCAUCCGAUGGCUCCUGGUCAACAUCCAAAUGCUCACCCCGGCGCCGGAAUGGUGCAGGCGGUGCACCCAGGUGUGUCGGCUCCCGGAGGGCCUCAAGUCACUCAAGGUGGACCCAUGAUGGCAGGCAUGCCUCCAGGUGCCGGAACAACGGGGCCCGGGGGACCAGUGCAGGCUCAUGCUCUCUCCCACCUAGGCCCGGCUCAGGCACAUAUGUUUCAGCAACCUCACUUCGCCCAACAAUUUGCCAACAACCCGCAGCUUAUGCACCAACAGCAGCAACAAGCAAUGAUGAGGCAGCGUCUGAUGCUUCAGCAGCAACAGCAACAGCAACACCAGCAACAACAUGGAGGACUACCAGUGUCAUUACCCAACGGCAAUCCUGCCGGGUUGACUGCCGCUCAUGUCGCCGCCAUGCAAGCCAACCAAGGAAUGCGACCCGUCAACAUGCAGAUGCAGCUUCAAGGAAUGCCUCAUGGACAAGCGCAGAAUAUUCAACAACAACAGCAGCAACAUCUAUAUGCCAUCCAGCAGGCACAGCAAGCGCAACAGGCUCAGCAAGCCCAGCAGGCUCAGCAGGCUCAGCAAGCGCAACAAGCGCAACAAGCCCAGCAGGCUCAGCAAGCGCAUCAAGCCCAGCAAGUCCAGCAGGCGGCCACCGCCAUUCAGCCAGGUCAGCAAACUCCCCAGCAACGGGCAGCAGCGCAAGCGCAGAGCGUGCACGAUGCACAAAGCGCGACGCCGCAGCCACAGCCCGGCCCCCCACCUCAUCAGGGAAGCGCUACACCGCAGCCAAAUCCGUCGCAGAUACCUACCAGCCAGCCUCCGCAGCCGCAGCCUCCCGCUCCGCAGUCGCAGCCUACUCCUAACCCGCCUCCGCAGCAACUGCCCCAGUCACAGCAGCCCGGGCCGCAACAGCAACCGCCGCAGCCUCCGCAGCCGCAACCGCAACCGCAAGUACCACAAAAUCAGCAGGGUCCUGUACAAGCUCAACAACAACCUCCCAUGAUGCCUCAAGAGGCACAGUUGAAGGCUGCGCAGCAGCAACAGCAGCAGCAGCAGAAUCCAGCUGCGAUGAUGAUGCAACAACAAGCGCGAAUACCUAUGAAAGGGGCGGCAAUUCUUCACCUCAACAGCUUUGCAGAACACCUCAGCAGCUUUCAAAGUCGUGGCGAGGCACACGAUCUCCUCUAUUGGCAACAAUUCGUGGCUCGAUUCUUCUCCCCUGGAGGCGUCUUGCGUCAGGGUGUGUUCAAUCACCAGACUGGUUCGAAGCAAUUCGAAAUUGGAACGGUUGCAUUGCCUCGUUAUUACUACACUCAAUUCGCGAGCGGUAUUCGUCAUAUUCAGAUGGUUGUGGAAGGGCCACGGGAGCGGGACUUGCAGAAUGGAGGCCACGUUGUGGAGAGCCCCAAGACCUCCUUCAUAUACUGGUUCACCAACGAAUCUCAGCUCUUUGCCAAUGCAACGAUGACGGCGCAUCUUGAUAUCAAUAACAAGAUCGAGAUGCUAGAUAUCGUUAUGUUGAAUCACACCGAGUAUCUCCCUCGUAGCCAACUACAGGCCUUGGAACAGGCAGCAGAGCAGUCGAAGCAAAGUCCCAAGGUCACUAAGAAUGCAGGCAAGCGUGCCCAGCAGAAGCAGCCGCCACCGCCCGCUGCAACCCUGCCGGAGUCGAUGGUGACAUUGAAUGGUGUCCCAGGCGCCGUGAUGCAGUUUUUGGAGGUCUCAGAGACGAUUGCAUCCAUGCAAUUCUUGAUGCAAUUUUCUCAACAAAACCCUCAGUACACACCGUGGGAAUCGUUACGGAACCUGGUGAACUCGAUGCAAAACCAGGUUCCUAACCCUGCUUUCAUGCCCGUUCAGAUGAACCAGAUGGGCCAGAUGAACCAGAUGAACCAGAUGAACCAGAUGAACCAGAUGAACCAGAUGAACCAGAUGAAUCAGAUGAAUCAGAUGAACCAUAUGAACCAGAUGAAUCAGAUGAAUCAGAUGAACCACAUGAACCAGAUGAAUCAGAUGAGCCAGAUGAGCCAGAUGAACCAAGCCAUGCAGCAAGGCCAACCUCGCGCUCCCAGCAUCAACGGCCCGACCCAGUUCGCGUCUCCUGCUAUGGCUCAUCUGGGUCUGCCGCCUGCUCAAGGUUCUCCCCAUCUCAGUGUUUCGGGCCAUCCCAGUCCUGCACCAGCUCACUUGGUGGGACCAACGAUGCCGCAGGGGCAAGUGCAGGGUAAUGGCCCACAAGCGAACAGCGCAAGUGCCAGCCCUAACGUGGGUACCAAGCGGCGUCGGGCAAGCACGGUCAAGGUGGAAAAUGACGAUAAUGGUCCAGAUUUGAACGGUGCUCCAGCUCCUGUACCGGCCAAGGUAAAGGCCAGUCCACGCGUGGGAGCGAAGAAGCAAAAGGGGGGCGCUCAAUCUUAG